GUGCGGCGCAUGCGCAGUCGCUCCUCCGGCGGAGAUUAUUAUGAGGCAGCGGAGGGAUUGAUGAUGGGGAUGAUGAUGAUGAUGAUGAUAAUAAUGCUGCGCGGAUUCAACAGCAUCCAGAAUAAAGCCCUGACGCAUCGGCAUGAGCAUUGAACCCUGAUAGAAGAGUAGCAGGAGAAUGAGACUGCGGUUUGUAGAUAAACAAUGGCAGCAGGGGCAGCGGAUGGUGAUUUAUGGGGCGGUCUUCCUCAUCAUGACCCUCCUCAUCCUCUACAGCUCCAACAGCUCAGCUGAUCUUAACAGCCCCUUUAAAGUCACAGAGUUUCGCCAUGCCGUCAAACACACCAACCUCAAGAAAUGGGCCGGAAAGGAGGGAUACGUUCCUGUUUAUGGCAACAAGAGCAUGAACCUGCGCUGCCAUCAGUGUGCGUUAGUGACCAGCUCUAGUCACGUGUUGGGGACUCACGCCGGAGACGAGAUCGACCGUACGGAGUGCGUCAUCCGCAUGAACGAUGCUCCAACCUCCAGCUACGAAUCAGACGUGGGGAACCGGACCAGCGUGCGCGUCGUGGCUCAUUCCAGCGUAUUCCGUGUGGUUCGCAAACCCGCCGAGUUCCUCAAUCGCUCAGAGAGCCCUGCCAUCAUAUUCUGGGGCCCUUCGACGAAGAUCGGCCGCGACGCGAAGGGAACGCUGUACCGGCUGAUCCAGAGAGUCAGUAUGACCUACAGUAACCUGUCCUUCUUCUUCAUCUCACCCAGCAAAAUGCAGAGGUUCGACACGCUCUUUCAGAAAGAGACCGGCCGAGACAGAAAAAAGUCUCAGUCCUGGUUAAGCACGGGCUGGUUUACUAUGGUCAUUGCCAUAGAGAUGUGUGACAACAUAAAGGUUUAUGGGAUGGUGCCGCCAAACCAUUGUGGGAAGCGUCCUCUGCCCAAACGGAUGCCCUAUCACUAUUACAAACCCAGAGGUCCAGACGAGUGUGUGACGUACCUCCAGAACGAGAGGGGGCGCCGCGGAUCACACCACCGCUUCAUCACUGAGAAACAGGUGUUUGCACGCUGGGCCAAGCAGUACAACAUCAGCUACAGCUACCCGACGUGGUGAGAAACAUAUCCAACACCAGAGAAAACACUCCCAUCUGCCUUGUGAGUUGGAGCCAACAUGGCGGCUUUCUGUGACCUUCUGAUCCAAAAUGGCUACCAUUUCAAAUGCAUUGCCCGCUCAGAAACGUAUCCAGAACAGCUGCUGGGUUCUCUCUGAUCUGGAUUAGUGACUGAGCCAAAAUGGAGUCCAUGCAGGGAUCCAGGAACAAGCCAAGGGUGGACAAUCUUAGUUUUCCUUAGGAACGUGAACAGAUGAUGGAACGUUUAUUGUCUUAAGCAUGACAGUUUCAAAAACAUCUACAUACUACUGCCGUGAAGUUUUCCUAAGCCUUCUCUUACAGUUUUUCACCCAUAAUCAGUCAUUUCUCAGAGAACGAAGGCCUUUUGGAUGGAGAAUGAAAGAGAAAAAUCCUUAUGUCAGUUGCCAAAUGGAAGAUUCAUUUGCAUCUCAUGGUACAAUCUGAAUGUUAGUCAUGUGAAACUACCAGAGAAUAGGAAUGAGAAUUUAACAACUUUACAAGAUUAAGAGUAUGUUUUAUUGUGUAAAUAAGAACUAUGUAAAUUGUUAUUCCAAAAAAAAAAAAUAUUUUUACAAGUUUAUAUGGUUUUAAAAUGCCCUAAACAAGACAAUAUUACAAGAAAAUACUAAAAAACACAUUUUUAAAUGACCAGGUAAAUGGUCAUUUUAAAUCACAUCAUUUUCAGAUAAAUAACACAUUUUCUGUACUUUUUGGGAAGGUGUUGAAAUGGAGAGCUAUUUAUGCCUUUAUACCUUUAUGAAUGAAGUUAUAUGAAACCUGACCAAAUGUUAAAGUUCUAGAACAUUCUAUAAUUCCAUUUAAUAGGCUUCUAGAGCUUCACUGAAUCAUCCACUACAAGAACAUGUCCGGGUCAUUUUUCGCCACAAAAUUAGAAGAAAAAUAAAGAAAAUCAGGUAUAUAUAGGACCAUUAAUGUGUUUUAAAGUAUUUAAACACAUUUCACAGCCAAUUUUCAUUACUGAAAUGAAAAUGAAUUUAAAUUGUACGGUACAUGUACAUUAUGUAAAGUAUACAUCAUAGUAAUAUUUGAUGCACUAAAUGCAAUAUAUGCAGUAUAUUGUGAUUAUUACUGUAUUAUCUAAUUAUACAGGAGUGUUGUUAUUGUUAACUGUUACAAAUAGUUUUCGUACAAUAAGCUGAAAUAAAAUAAAAUAUAAAUAUCAGAUCAACAAAAUUUUGAAAUGUUGCUUUGGCAAAUAACUGAAAUAAGUUUAAGUUGAAUUUAAAAAAUGUAUGCUACAUUUUUUUAAUGAAAUUAAAAUAAAUUAAAUAGAAAUAUUAAAAAUGGUAAUAAAAUACACAACAAAGUUAAUAAAACGUAAACUAAAAUUAAAACGAAAACUGAAAAUAUAAAAAUAAAAGCCAAUUAAAAUAAUAACUAAUAAAAUGUUAGAAGAAAAGAAAAAUGAAAAUGAUAAAUGUUGCCAUAAUUAAAUAAAAUGAGGUUAAGUACUAAAAUGACUAAAACUGAAAUACAAAUAAAGCCAAACAGAAAUAAUUACUAGAAAAUACUUAAACAUAUAAUAAUUAAGGACAUUUGCAAAACAUAUUACUGGACCUAAAAUAGGCAUCAUGUAAAAAAUAAUUUCUUCCUUUUCUUUUGAUUAUGGGGUGAAAUAUGACCCGGAUAUAUCAUAUAACACAAGAAGUAAACAAAAUGUACUAUUAUUCAUAAUCAACACCAAAAAUCACUAACAUACUGUGUCGCCGUUUAAAAUGUGUUGAGGCCUUUCAAUUUAUUAUGACCUUCUUACCAAGUAGUUGUAAUGUUAUUGAUCAGUUGUACAACUUGAAUUUCUCUGGCUACGGCUGUUAGUUUAAAACACACAUUUAUAUAUCACGCUAUGACUAGCUUCUGUUUCCAAAUGAGUAUUUCACAUGACUGUGUUAAAUGCUCUGCUCUCAUUGGACGAUACUGUUUCUGGCACUGUGCUUUUAUUGGAGAACUCAAGCUGUCAUUGGUAAUGGGUAGUGGUAGUCUGGUUAACUGUGCUGCUUUGAAUGUCUUGCCUUUGAUUUGUACAAAACCCAUAAAUAACGGCUGAUAAAUAACACAACUGCUCGGAUUCAUUUGCAAUAAAGAAAUAGUUCACCCAAAAAUGAAAAUCUUCUGAACAUUUGCUCCCUCUCAGCAAUGGAUGCUCUGCAGUGAAUGGGUGCCGUCAGAAUGAGAGUCCAAACAGCUGAUAAAAACAUCACAAUAAUCCACACCACUCCAGUCCAUCAGUUAACAUCUUGAGACGCCAAAAGCUGUGUGUUUGUAAGAAACAAAUCCAUCAUUAAGAUGUUUUUUUUUAAACUGAAACCAUUGCUUCUAGCUAAAGCAUGAGUCCAUAAUCCAUUAUUACGCUUCCUCCAGUGAAAAAGUCCAUCCUCUGUUGUCCUCCCACAUCAAAAUCCACCAGCAUAAUUGUUUAGAAGUGUUUUGGCUUGUAAACGGUGCUUGAUCUGUGCAGAUUUCUCUCCUGAUUCAGACAAGAUGACGUUUCACUGAAAAAAGCAAUAUUAUGCAUAGAGGACUCAUAUUUUAGCCAGUAGCAAAGGUUUGAAGUUAAAACGUCUUAAUGAUAAAUGUUUCUUGCUUUUGGCUUCACAAGACAUUAACUGAUGGACUGGAGUAGUGUGGAUUAUUGUGGUGUUUCUAUCAGCUGUUUGGACUCUCAUUCUGACGGCACCCAUUCACUGCAGAGCAUCCAUUGAUGAGUAAGUGAUGCAAUGCUACAUUUCUACAAAUCUGAUGAAGAAACAAACUCAUCUACAUCUUGUGUGACCUGAGGGUGAAGACAUUUUCAGCAUAUUUUCAUUUUUGGGUCAACUGUCCCUUUAAGUUGAACGUGCAUCGCCAAAUGAUAAUCAUCAAGUGUCAAAAAUCAACAAGCAUGAGAAGAACUCAUAGUUUUGAAUUACAUAUUUCCCAACUAUUACAUUUCUAAUUUUCAUGUCCUGCUCGAAAAUAAUCUCCGUUAUCACCCAUUAUGUCAAAACCUUCAGAGAAUGUGUUUUUUCUUCAUUUAUUUCGUUAUUUAAAAUCGACCAUCUGCCUGAGCACAAGAACAGAGGGAUUGUGGGUAAUAACCAUCUGGGGCAUUUGUAUGAAGAUGCUUUCAUUCUGGAGGGGUUGCAGACUGAAAUCAGUAUUAUUAUUAUGAUAAUUAUUACUCAUGACUGCAGUGAUUUGACAGUAUGAGCUGACUGUUUUGCUCGUUUCUCAUUAUGAAUGUUGUUUACAUGCCUGUCUAAAAAAGAAAUAAAUGUAUACAUUUGAAAACAGA